ACUCACUUUUGCCCGGAUUUACGCAUGACAAAAAUGAAGUUCCAUUGGUUUCUUGUUUAUUUAUAUAUUUAUUUUCUGUAACAACCUAAACCAACGGUGCACCUAAGACCUUGCAAGUGCCAUGCCCCACUGACGCUCGUGUAGGUGUACGAAAGCAUCCAAUCGUUGCCGUUCGUUGCUGCUCCACCGCUGCGCUCGGUCGCACGCACACGCGCCAGCUGGGAGUGCGCGCCCACGCGGACCCGAUGGCAGGACAGGUCAUGAGCUGAGCCGAUGAGAUCAUGGAGUCUGCGCCGAGGUCGGACGGGGAACGGUCGGGACCUCACGGUGAUGGAGAAGUGCCUGUCCGAAUCCAUGAUGUCCUGCGCUGUAGCUGAAAUCACAAGACCUCUGGCUCGUGAGUCUGGGAGCCCUGCAGCCAACAGUCACUUUAUUCUAAAAGAACUAAAUAAGACUCAGCCUCAAGCCCUAACCAGUCAGGCAUGGACAGGUGAAAACUGAGAGGCCAAGAGGUGGCCUUUAUUUAUUCUGUUAUUCGUUCAGGAUCUGUAGAAGGACAUGAAAAUAUUCCCCACUCUAACAAUUUCUUGUGAGAUGUCAUACUUGGCCAUAUAAAAAAAAAAAUGCCUUUAAAUAUUCGAGCCAAGCCCUCGCAGAGCAAGCUGUCUGCUGCUGCAAAGAGUAGUGGGCACACUGAUGGCAGCACAUCUCAUUCACGCUUCUCUAGGUCUCCUAAACAUGGUAAAGGGAAACAGGCUGUAAGCUCAGCACCGGGGUCUCGCUCGGGGCUAGAACCAGGCUCUGUGUCAGGGGGUCCGCCUGCAACAUCAUCUAAACUGACUACGGGUCAAGGGUCGAUGUCCAGGCCGGGUUCUAAAAUCAAAGCUGGCACAGCGGCAGACAAAGGCUCGACUCGUGGCUCAUCGACAGCUCCAGGAGGUAAAACCUUAUCUAUGGAGAACAUCCAGUCUUUGAGUGCCGCCUACGCCACUUCCGGCACCAUGUAUCCCAGCGAGCGAGAGUCCUUGGAACCCUCUGGUGGGUACCCCAAAGGCACCAUGACGCUGGGAAGAAGCACCAGCCGCUCCUACUACACUGGCCGGACAACAGCCAUGGGAAGCAGCCCGAACAUCGCCUCCUCUGGGAUGCUUCACUCAUCAGACCACUGUGGAGACCAAACCUUGCUUUCUGUGGGGGCCUCCAGUUUGCGGCGGCAGUCUGGGAGACACGCACAGGUCCUGGAUUCGACUGGACGGGGAGAGGCUUCCACAUUUGACCUCCACACUCAACUGAGGGAUCUGCAGAGAGAGAAUGACAGCCUGCGGAGAGAACUGGACGUAGGGAGGGAUGGAAGGACAGGCCCCAGCGUGAACAAUGUCAACUUUUGGAGCCCAGAUAUAAAGAGAGACAAGGGGGUGAGGACGUCAGUUGUGAAGGACCAGUACAGGACGACACAAGAGGAUUUGCAGCCUGGGGAUAUCAGAAGAAACAAGCAGCUUCCGUUAACCGUUCAGGAGCUUCAGGAGGAGCUGAGGGCUCACAGGGAGAUGAACAGUCGCUUGCAGCAGCAGCGGCUGCAGGGGAACUCUGGCUCCUAUAAAGAACUCCAUAUGGACCAGGAUCAGAGAGGGGGGCUCGGUCCUGGCCACAGUCCCAGGCAAAGCCCCAGCAACCUGCAUGGUCCUGGACCAAAGAACAGCCCCAGAGCCAGCCCAUCCAACACCUACAAUCCAAGGCAACAGGAAGCUGACAUCAUCAUUCACAGUCCUGGAUAUGGCUGUAACACUGCAGUAGCCACGCAGAGAAUCAGUCCAGCCAACACCCUUCAGGCUGGGCCGAGGAACAGCCCAAGUCAGCCCCUCUACAGCCCCAACCAAGGGCCAGCAGUGGUGCCCGGCUCCAUUUCCCUCCGGCCCUGUAGCCCCUGUCAGGUGCCUGGGUGUGACGGUUUUUCGUCGCCUCCUCCACUGGACCCGUCGGAGGAGAACUUCUUCCGACUGCAGUCGGAGCACGAACGGCAGGCCAAGGAGCUGUUCCUGCUGAGAAAGACCAUGGAGGAGAUGGAGAUGAGGAUCGACUCUCAGAAGCAGACGCUCGGUGCCCGAGACGAGAGCAUCCAGAGGCUUUUGGAGAUGCUUCAGGGACAGGGUCAAGGUCAGGGCCACUGGGGACGGGGUCAGCGGACAGGCAUCAUAACCAUGGCAGCACAGGAGGCUGAAGCUCAGCUGGAGAACAUGCACGUCAGAGAGGACACCAAGAUCUCUUCCCUGGAGAGGAACAUCAGAGACUUAGAGGAUGAGGUCCAGAUGUUAAAGACCAGUGGCCUGCUGCACCCUGAUGACAGGCAGGAUGAGCUCAAGCAGGUGGAGGUCUACAAGAGCCAUUCUAAAUUCAUGAAGACUAAGAUCGAGCAGCUGAAGCAGGAGCUGAACAGGAAGGAGUCAGAGAUGCAGGCCCUGCAGACCAAACUAGAAACACUCACCAAUCAGAACUCCGACUGCAAGCAACACAUCGAGGUGCUAAAAGAGUCGCUCAGUGCCAAGGAGCAACGCGCCAACACGCUGCAGACAGAGGUAGAUGCUCUGCGGGUGCGUCUGGAAGAAAAGGAACAGUUCCUCACCAAGAAGACCAAGCAGCUACAGGACUUGAAUGAUGAAAAGAGCACGCUGACAGGAGAAAUCAGAGACAUGAAAGACAUGCUGGAUGUCAAGGAGAGAAAAGUCAAUGUCCUGCAGAAGAAGAUUGAGAACCUGUUGGAACAGUUAAAGGAUAAGGACAAACAGCUGGCUGGAUUGAGGGAAAGGGUUCAGGGCCUUCAAACUGAUUCCAGCAAUACAGACACAGCUCUGGCCACAUUGGAAGAGGCUUUAUCAGAAAAGGAGCGAGUGAUUGAGAACCUCCGGGAGCAGAAGGAUCGGGAGGACAGGGUUCGGCUAGAGGAAAUGGAGCAGAUGAGGAAGGAGAACCAGGAGUUAAAAGGCAAACUCUCAGCCCUGCAGCCCCAGAAACUGCCUCAGAGCCAGACUGCUAACCCCAUCCCAACACAGAACCAGAGGCCUGAUGGAGAGGUGCAAGCCAAAGUAGAUGGACUUCCAACAGUGAGUCCCACGACUCAAAACAAGGAAGAGGCAGUCAGGAUUUGCCCGGACAUCCCGGAUCGUCUGAGGCUUCUUGAGCAGGAAGUUGCGCGCUACAGAGAAGAAUCUGGGAAGUCCCAAGCUGAGGUGGAGAGGCUGAUGGGAGCUCUGAGGGAUGCUGAGAUGGACAAAUCAUGCAAGGAGAGGAAAAUUACUGAUCUCGAGAGGUGAGGGUCAAAAAUUCUG